AUGAGAGAACUUGAAUAUAGAGCUUAUGAAGUUUAUUCAGGUAAUAUUCUGGUUGAUUAUUGGUCGAACAAACAAAAUGAUCAUAGUUAUCCUAAGGUUGAGAUGAAAAAGAUCAAUAAAAAGAUGAGCAAAUUGCAAAUCAAGGAAUUGAAAAGGGAAAACAAGGCAUCUAAUCAAAUUAUAAAAUAAAUUACAUCCUUGUGUAUCUGA